AAUUCCGGUCAACAUGGGCGGCUCUUUCUGCAACUCCCCCAAACACCUCCUUAACUCCCUUCUUUUCUCUUUCUUCUUCUUUUUCUUCUUAAUUUCCUAAACAAACAUCUUCAUAUACAAACUCGGACUUCAACGAUCUCAUCAACCCAUCAGAUUAACUUAAAGCGGCCAAAAUUUUCAACUUAUAUAAUGAAUAUAACCAAAAUUUGUAAAAUAGUUUGGAAUAGGGACAUUUCUUCCCUGUUUGGUUUGGUUUGGUUGCUCUAACUUGAGCCGCGCUCUCAGGCACCCUUCAUUUCUUGCACCCCUUCUGCAACAAGACAGAGAAGAAGAUUACACUCGUUUCAAUUUUAUUUCUUCAUCCCCAUCCGAGUUGGCAAAGAAAGAUCACCCGGUAUUGUUAGGGGGCCGGGGAAGAAAUUAAGCAGAAGAAGAUUAGGCUGAAUUACCAAGACGAUGAUGAUGAUCUUGUCAAGGCACAAACUUGAUGCUCAUGGACUCGCAUUAAUCUAUUCAUUGGUCGUGAUUACAGUUGCAGGCACAAUUGUUGCCGGAGAUUCGCUGGGAUCCGACAAAAAGGUGCUGCUGAGCUUGAAAACCCACCUGGAAGAACAAAACCCCAUGAAUAAUCGAGGAAGAUACUCCCUCUGGAACCAGCAGAAAAACUCGUCAGAGUCCCCCUGUAACUGGCCCGGAAUUUCAUGCUCCGGGGCCCGGGUCACCGCCGUAGACCUCCGCGACAACAACAUCGCCGGCCGGAUGUUCGGAAACUUCUCAGGCCUGACAGCCCUCAGCCGCCUGGACCUCUCCGGGAACACCAUUGAGGGGCCUCUUCCAGCCGACUUAGGCCUAUGCCACAGCCUCAAAGUGCUCAACUUGUCACAUAACAUCAUGGAUGGUGAGCUCAACUUGACCGGCCUCAGAAGCUUGGAGUUUCUUGACCUCUCCACCAACAGAAUAUUCGGCACAAUCCAGUUGAAUUCCCCAGAAAUCUGCAGCAGCUUGGUUGUAGCCAAUUUAUCCACCAACAACUUCACGGGCACCAGUCCUGUCCAUGGCUUCGAUCAGUGUCCCAACUUACAGUCCCUUGACAUAAGUGGCAACAAGUUCGCCGGCAGGAUCUGGCCGGGUUUCACCAGGCUUCAAGAGUUCUCAGGCUCCGAAAAUCUGUUCCAUGGCGAGCUUCCGCCGGAAAUCUUCUCCGCGGAUAAGUACUGCCGCCUACGGGUCUUAGACCUGUCUGAAAAUGCUUUUAACGGGACGGUUCCCGGGGAAAUCUCAAACUGUAAAGAAUUGUUAAUGUUGAAUCUGUGGGGGAACAAUUUCACGGGCCAAAUUCCCGAAGAAAUCGGACGUCUUUCCAGCCUACAAGCCCUCUACUUAGGGAACAACAGCUUUUCAAGAAAUAUUCCAGAGUCUCUGCUUGGCUUGGGAAGCUUAGCCCUUCUGGACUUGAGCAGGAACAAUUUUGGAGGUGAAGUACAAGCAAUUUUCGGACGAUUCACCCAGCUCAAGUUUCUUGUCUUGCACUCCAAUUCAUUCACUUAUGGGUUAAAUUCAUCUGGGAUUUUCAACUUGCAGAACAUCUCUAGAUUGGACCUCAGCCUCAACAACUUCUCCGGCCCACUUCCGGUCGAGAUCUCUCAGAUGAGGGGCUUGCAGGUCUUGCUUCUUGCCCACAAUCAAUUUUCCGGCUAUAUCCCAUCCCAGUACGAAAAUCUGUCAAUGCUCCAAAUCCUUGAUCUCUCUUUCAACAGGCUAAACGGGUCAAUUCCUGCUAGUUUGGGAAACUUGAGCUCGCUGUUGUGGUUGAUGCUGGCCAACAAUGCACUCGCCGGUGAAAUCCCGCCGGAGUUGGGCAACUGUAAGAGCCUGUUAUGGUUAAACCUCGCAAACAAUCAACUUUCCGGGCGUUUUCCAUCCGAGCUCACGAACAUUGGCCUGGAUCCAACGCCGACUUUCCGGGAAAAUCAGCAGGAUGAUUGGGUAUUUGUAGGGUCGAGCGAGUGCCUGGGAAUUAAGAGGUGGAUUCCGGCUGACUACCCUCCCUUCAAUUUUGUCUACACGCUUCUCACGAGGAAGAACUGUAAAAGCAUUUGGGACAGAUUGCUUAAAGGCUAUGGACUAUUCCCACUCUGUAUUAAUGGCUCCAGAACAUUUCGAAUCUCCGGUUACGUUCAGCUCAGUGGUAAUCAAAUCUCCGGCGAGGUCCCCUCGGAGAUUGGGAAUAUGAGAAUCUUCAGCAUGUUGAAUUUGGGAGUCAAUAAGUUCUAUGGCGAGCUUCCCCACGAGAUUGGUGCGAUGCCACUUGUGGUGCUGAAUGUUUCACGGAACAAGUUUUCUGGAGAGAUUCCGUCGGAAAUCGGGGACAUCCAGUGCUUGCAGAACCUUGAUUUGUCCUACAAUAAUUUCUCUGGAGAUUUCCCGGCCAGCCUCCAAAAUCUGAGUGAACUGAACAAUUUCAAUGUCUCCUACAACCCGCACAUCACCGGGGAGAUUCCAGAAACAGGGCAGUUGGCAACGUUCGAGAAAGAGGCUUUUCUUGGCGACCCACUGCUAAAGCUUCCGUCUUUCAUAAAUGGGUCUACAGAUGCGAAUCCAAGAGCCAACAAUAGCGAUUCAAGGCAGCCCACAAAAGUAGCUUCAUUUCUGGUGUUAUUCGCCCUGGCGAUGGCCUUCCUAAUAUGUGGAAUGAUGUCCAUCAUAGUCUGCCAUGUUGUGCAAGGUCCGGCGGACAUGCCGGCGGGAUACUUGCUGGAGGAGGCAAAGGGGGGCCGAUGGGAGUACGGGUCGAGCUCCUCCUCCGGCAUGUCCUCCUCGCCGUGGCUGUCGGACGCGGUUAAGGUCAUCCGCUUGGACAAGAGGGCGUUUACGCACGGCGACAUCUUGAAGGCGACGGGGAACUUUUCCGACGAGCGGAUCAUCGGCCGGGGAGGGUUCGGGACGGUGUACAGAGGCGUGUUGCCGGACGGGAGAGAAGUGGCGGUGAAGAAGCUCCAAAGAGAAGGCAGCGAGGGGGAGAAGGAGUUCCAGGCAGAGAUGGAGGUUCUGAGCGGGAACGGCUUCGGGUGGCCGCAUCCGAACCUGGUGACGCUCUACGGCUGGUGCCUGGACGGAUCGGAGAAGCUACUGGUGUACGAGUACAUGGGGGGAGGCAGCCUGGAGGAUCUCGUGUCGGACCGAAUCCGGCUGACGUGGAGGAGGCGAUUGGACAUAGCGGUGGACGUGGCGCGGGCGUUGGUAUACCUGCACCACGAGUGCUUUCCGGCGGUGGUGCACCGAGAUGUGAAGGCCAGCAACGUGCUGCUGGACAGGGAGGGCAAGGCCCGCGUCACGGACUUUGGGCUGGCGAGGGUUGUAGACGCCGGGGACAGCCACGUCAGCACCAUGGUGGCGGGGACGGUGGGGUACGUGGCGCCCGAGUACGGGCAGACGUGGCAGGCGACGACGAAAGGGGACGUGUACAGCUUCGGGGUGGUGGCGAUGGAGCUGGCGACGGGGAGGAGGGCGGUGAGCGGCGGCAGCGGCGGCGGCGGCGGCGGAGGAGGGGAUCAGGAGGCGGAGUGUCUGGUGGAGUGGGCGAGGAGGGUGAUGGGGAGAAGUAGCAGGCGGCGGAUGGUGCCAGUGGCGGUGCUUAGAGUUGGGUCGUCGGGGGCGGGGGUUGGGGAGGGGGCGGAGGAGAUGUGUGAGUUGCUGAGGGUUGGGAUAAGUUGCACAGCUGAGCUGCCACAAGCCAGGCCUAACAUGAAGGAGGUUCUCGCCAUGUUGAUCAAAAUCAGCAGCACCAUUUCACAUUAAUCAAUCAUUAAUUGUUCAUUAAUUAAUUAUUGUAAAUGUCAUAGAUAACACUCGAGGGCACGAGGAAUAUGGAUCGCACAAGGACGAUUAUCUCAAAAAUAAGAAGAAGAAGAACCACAAACACAGACAUAAACAGAGACAUGUAAUUAAAUCCAACACACAAGAACGCACGGGUCAUAAUGUCAAAUGAUCAUCAUCAUCAUCAUCCCCAUCAUCAUUUGUUGGUUAAUACAUAAUGAAGGAAUUAAGUUUUGAUCA